AUGGUUGCUGUCAGUGAAAGAGAUUAUAUUACUAAAGGAAUUCAAUGCGGUAUUCGAGCAGACGGCAGAGGAUCAUUCGAUUCUCGUCCGGUAUUUCUGGAAACAGGAAUGAUCACUCAAGCAUCUGGAUCAUGUAGAGUCACUAUUGACCACGGCACGGAUGUGCUUGCUGGAGUCAAAGUACAGGUUGCAGAUGUUGAAGGUCGAGUCGAGCAAUAUACAGGUGAUAUUGUAGAACAAACUGGUACAGAAGUCGCUGACGAUUUAAACACCAGUCUUGCUGAUGGAAAUGGAUUUUCCAACAGGGGAAAUGUAGGACGCAUUGUGUGCUCAGUAGAAUGCUCGCCUGCAGCAAGUAUUAUUUUAGAUUCAAGGGCAAUCGAAGACAUGUGCAAUGAAUACACUCAGGUUCUUAAUCGAACACUCAAUGGUCCUCAUGGCGGUAUUGAUCUCCAAAAACUAUGCAUUAUUCCUGGAUCAACCUGCUGGGUUGUUAGUGUUGAUGUGCUUAUCAUGGACUAUGGCGGAAAUGUGCUUGACACUGUCCUUAUGGCUGUUCGUGGUGCUUUACACAAUACCCGACUUCCCAAAACCAAAGUGGAAGAAACGGAUGGUCAUUUUGAAUUUGAUAUUGCAGAUGACGAGACAGAGGUAUUAUGUGGAAGGGAGAAUAUUCCCGUUGCAUUGACGCUGAGUCGUAUCGGAUCUGGACAUAUUGUUGAUGCAUCGCCAUUGGAAGACAUGUGUUCUUCUUCCAAGAUCACGGUAUUUGUGAAUGCAUCUGGCUGUAUCUGUGGAGUACAAAAAACUGGAAAGGGUAGUUUGGAGCCCAGCACAUUGAUUGAUAUGAUCGAGACUGCAAGUAGAUUAGGAUCAGAAUCAUUGGUAUCGUUGGAUAGUAUACUACUAUCUGAAGAGCGAGAUCGGCUGAAUAGAGUAGAACCCAUUGGGUUCAGAUAG